UCGGUGGGCAUAGCACGGCGCGGCGUCGGGCUAGUGCGACGCGGUCGGGCUAGUCGGAGGGCAGGUCGGCAGCCGCAUUGCAUAAUGCUCCGCCGGCUCGCGCGCCGAGGCUGAUCCGCGCGCGCCGGCCGCGGCGCCAUGCGAGCGCCGCGCCGACACCGGCCUGUCCUGCUCGAGCUUCUCUAAGCGCUCGACCUAGCGCACGCGGCCACCCCUGGCUCCACUUUGCCAAACACGAUAAACACUCUGUUCCGUCGCUGUUGUUCCAUAAUACACUAGAAAUUGGUCGGAGAAUGCCAUAAACUAUCGUUGUAUGAAGUGUACAAGCUACUUCAUCGAAUAUAAUCGUAUGUUGAAAAUUUUCUUCUGAAAAUCUACAAAAUAUUUCAAGAUGAGACUAGCAACUAGUGAAGAAGUACCGAGCACGACGGUGGUGGGCCGCAAUAGCCCCGCGGGGGCCGCUAGUUCGGUGUCCGGCGCGGGCGCAUAUGAUGUCACGCGCAUGCGUGAGGAGGAGUUCGAGCGGCUCACAGUAUACAUCGUGCCAGACGUGCCUUGCGAGAGGGGUACCCCCAACAGGGCAGAGAGGACGCUGCCUCGCAGCCUCACUCUCAGACCAUCAGCAGUGUUAUCUACACCCAACACUCCUACUGAAGGUGUUUGGAGUAUAGGAGUGAUACCUAGAGGGACCCGCUUCGGGCCCUUCGAAGGCUCUCGCACUCCCAACAAGCCUAAUGACAAAGUCUCCUGGCGAUACUAUUGGAGGGUACAGGAAACUGUCAGACAUCAUACAUACGGAAAUAUAAAGAUUUUCAAAGACAGUGACUACUAUUACCUGGAUGGGUCAGACACGAGCAUCGCCAACUGGAUGCGCUAUGUGGCGUCCGCGUAUUCGCUCUCCGUCAUGAACCUGGUGGCCUGUCAGCAUCAGGAACAUAUCUACUUUUACACUAUCAGAGAUAUUAUGCCAAAUGAAGAGCUUAUGGUUUGGUACUGCAAGGACUUUGCCACAAGGCUUGGUUACGAUAUCGACCCUGAACGAGCAACGUAUUCUAUAUGUAAAGAAGAAACUAUCAAGAAAGCGUAUGGUUUGCCACCAGCUCCGGUGCAUCCGGAAAUUGCAUUCAAUCACAUGAAAUACGUUCUGGGUCUCACAAACGCAAAAGAAUUACUAGAAGCUGAAAUACCGAGCCGACGGAGAAAACGUGAAGCCAGUGAUCCUCCUCUACCACCAAGAGAAGACCCUCGAAAUUGCAAUAAAAAUGAGAGGACCAUUGUCAGAAAUGUCAUCCACACAAAAACUGAUAAUCAAAUAAUUAAUGAACACUCACCUGUAUCACCAAUCGGUUUGAUGCAACCACCGUCUCCAGUCAAAAUUCAUCAUAGGGAUAAUCAAACUUUAGUAAUUCACCAACAAAAGGAAAGUUCUGCACAUGUCGUAAUACAUCAUCUAGACAAUCCCAGGCUACAUAACAAUAGGUCACCAGCACAAACCCAUCAUGUUAGAGAUAUGCGUGGGCCUUCUCCGAUGGCACAAAAUCAACAGGAUAAAAUGGAAAGUAAAUCUCCUAGUAUUAGCCAUUGUGGACCACCUCACUAUGAACAUCAACUAACACCUAACGACGAAGGAUAUCACAGCAAUGGUUAUCAUGAUGAUUUUACUCCACCAGAAGAUUCAAGUGACUCUGAUGUAGAAAAUUAUGUUCUAGAUUGCUCAAAUAAAACCAAUGAACCUAAAGAAACUGUUAUAGUGCAAAAAAUUGACCAAGAAAUGCAUCGUAAUGAGUACAGAAAAGUGAAAAUAAAAAUGCCGAGAGCAUACCAAUAUCAAAAUCUCAAAGAGAUAGACUGUGAAAGUGAAAAAGAAUUAAUAAUAGCAGAAGAGGGAAUGGAUGGUUCACCUCAAAAUCUUUCCCCCCCAAGACGUGAUCCAGCCACAUCAACUGUGAUUGUUUUGGAAUCCUCGCAAAAUACUAUUGUACCUAUUAAUAAGCCAUAUUAUGAAGACGGCACAAUUUCACCAGGCCCACCACCGGCGUUCAUGAGAUAUUCUCCUCCGGAUACGCGAAUACUUGAGACCAUACUUACUGGAAGCAGGAUUGAUACAAAUAAUAAUGAUCCAAAUCGCCGUCAACCUAAUGCGACCCCGCCGCCAUCAUCACCAACAGAGAUGGCAUAUUCUUACAAGAAAAGUCAAAGAUAUGGCAACGCUUGCAGUCCCGACUCGAGCUCCAAUCUAACCCCUUUGCCAUCGUUGCUGCCGCUUCCGCAGCAACUGCCCGUUCCUAGCGCGGCGUCUGUGUAUUCGUCGUCUCCGCCACACACCAUUCCACACACAACGGAAAUAAGAGAAAUCAGAGAAAUUCGCGAGAUACGGGAAACACGCUAUGAAAGCCAUUACCCCAACUACUCAUACAAUUUAUAUUCUCCACCGAAUUCAACUAUUAUCACACAACUGGGCUCACCUCCUAGCACUUACUCGCCUACCGUUACUUCUUCACACCAAUACGAAAGAUCGCAAAAUGGACAAAGCAAUCACCACUAUCCCUCAUCGACGAGUGUAAUUACUCUCAAGAAUUGCUCUCAGUUGAGUUUGAUUCAAAAUUCAAAUGUUAAUAAUCAACUUGUGCCACAACAUGGAAGCAUGAGUCCCGACGGUUCCUGCGGUCUCAUGGUCGCUCCGAUGAGCCCAAACUCACAAGCUUCUCGAGGAUAUCGGAGUUUGCCCUACCCGUUAAAGAAAAAAGAUGGGAAAAUGCAUUAUGAAUGCAACGUCUGUUGCAAGACGUUCGGACAGUUAUCUAACUUGAAAGUUCACUUAAGAACGCAUUCCGGUGAGCGACCCUUCAAAUGCAAUGUUUGCAACAAAUCGUUCACGCAACUAGCUCAUCUACAAAAACACCAUCUAGUACAUACGGGGGAGAAACCCCACCAAUGUGAUAUUUGUAAAAAAAGAUUUUCUUCCACAUCGAAUUUAAAAACUCAUUUACGCUUACAUUCGGGUCAAAAGCCGUACGCUUGCGACUUGUGCAUGCAGAAGUUCACGCAGUUCGUGCACCUGAAGCUUCACAAGCGACUGCACACCAACGACCGGCCGUACGUGUGCCAGGGCUGCGACAAGAAGUACAUUAGCGCUUCCGGACUCCGCACCCACUGGAAAACUACUAGUUGUAAACCGAACAAUAUCGAGGAAGUUCUAGCUAUCACAAACGCCGCCAACACUGAAUGUAUUGGUUCCGUCGACAAAGACUGCCACGAGAGAGAGGCCCAUGAAGCGUACGAGGUGCACUCUCCGCAGGGCGGGCUGGUGGGAGCGCGCGUGGGGCUGGCGCACGAGGCUUUGGGGGCGCACGCGCACACCACUACGCCGCACCUGGCCGGCCACCGGCCGCUGUCGCCACAGUACCGGCCGCUGCCGGACCACGAGCCGCCGCACUACCCCUCGCCGCCGGCCGAGCCGCGGCCCAGCGUCAUCGAGUCCAGCCAGCCCCUCAUCAUAGAGUGCACCUGAGACCGGCCCUCGCCUUCCGAGCAUCACACUUCCGUCGGACGCGUGUCCCCCGCCGCUCUAUGUGAUUCAAGUUUUGUGAUCCAGCAAAAGUAUUUGUGCAUAAACAAUAUUGUAGCGAGCGAUGACUCGCUGCAUUCAGUGGCUAUGAGAUUACGAUACGAACUCUAAGUUGUAAAAAUUGUAUAGUACUUAAUUUUAAUUACGACGCUAAGUACUAAGUACUUAAAUAGAGAAGUCCCGUCUCCGGGAGAGUGUAUUAUAUUGUAUCGAGCAUUUUGCGUACGUUAUACUAAGGUUUCAGCAGCUCUUGUUUAUAUUAAUGCUCAAUUUUAUACGUGAAAUUAUUCUAUUGUAAAUAGGAUUUUGUGACAUCGACUUUACUUAAUUAUUUAGGUCGUCUAUGGUACUUAGACAAAACUUAUCUUUAGCAUACAAAACGUGGUGUAACAUAUGUUUCAGCAUAAUGUACUUUAAAAAUGUAUAUACCUAUUUGAUAUUGUGGAUGAUCCUACAUUUAUUUAAAAUUGAUUCUCAAAAAACAUCUGUGAAUUACCAGUGGAAACGACAAAUGUUAUUAACACCAAAGAUAAGGUAAUUUACGUAUCACGACCACAAUCAAAUCAAUUAUUCCAUGAAACCAUAAAAAUGAAGCAAUUACUAUUUAUUUCAAUAAUUCUGAAUCCAACGUCACUGUAUAGUGGUAAGUGCCAAAAGCACGGCAAUAUGUUUUAAGUUAUCCUAAAGAGAUGUCGGUAUAGUAUUUUAAUCGUUGUUCCUAAUGAAUAAUCGGAAAGUAAGCGCAUAUGUGCAAAAACUUAAUUCUAAUGUUAUUUAGAUUAAAAUCGACGAAUCGUGUACAUUAUCCCUACGCUAGAACAAAUGGUGCUUCACAUCGUAGAGUAGUGGUCGGCUGCCGCAGCGCGGGCCGACUGUACUACAUUGUAAUGUUAAUACACCGAGUCUACUUGUUACUAUUUUAUAUUCCAAAAUUCGAGUUAUUAUGAUUCUCCUAUUCGAAAAGGCUGAGAUAAAUAUGUAAUGUAACUUUGGCAAAUAUUAAAGUAAGAAUGUUUUCUUGAAAUGUGUCGAGCGCUUGGUGCGAACAAGAAGUCUAUAAAACAUAGUUACGUGAUGUAAAACCAAACGAUAGCUUUUUGUAUAUUUCUAUUGUUCGUACAAUUAAGAUUUUUAUAUGAAAAUAUCUAUCCUAGUAAAUGUAUAUAUGAUUUUUACUACCUAUUUGUCUACCUGCUAACAUUUUUAUAAUAGAUGAAAAUUGCAUCACUUUUAUUUAUAGAAAGUCAAGUUUUAAAAGUAUAUUUUAAUAAUUUGUCACCGUA